ACUCCUUCCUCAUUCGCGGUCUUUGAGCUUUUGCUGCGUGCGAGCGACCGAGCGAGUUAGCAACAUGGCUGACGGGCAAGAGCAAUUUUGUCAGCUUUUAACUUCACUUCUCAGCACAGAUAAUGAGCUACGCUCACAGGCCGAGGAAACGUACAACAACGUGCCGAUUGAGUCCAGGGUGACGCUUCUGCUCAAUUCCACCCUGAAUGAUGCCCUCAGCGAGGAAAUGCGGCAGAUGGCCGCCGUCCUCCUACGCCGGCUCUUCGCCUCUGAGUUCAUGGACUUCUACCCCAAGCUGACGCCUGAGCAGCAAGGGCAGCUGAAGGAGCAGAUCCUGCUUUUAGUGCAGAGGGACCAGCCUGAUGGCCUGCGUAGGAAGGUCUGCGAUGUCGUGGCUGAGGUUGCCAGGAAUAUGGUUGAUGAAGAUGGAAACAACCAGUGGCCAGAUUUCCUCAGGUUCCUUUUCGAGUGUGCUAACUCACCAAUACCAGCACUUAAGGAGAGCGCGCUACGAAUGUUUACUUUGGUUCCUGGUGUCUUUGGCAACCAGCAAGCAAAUUAUUUGGACCUUAUUAAGCAGAUGCUCCAACAGUCCUUGUUGGACACACCAAACUACUCAGUCAGGUUUGAGGCUUUCCGAGCUGCGUCUGCGUUCGUUCUCAUCCAUGAUAAAGAAAUGCCAAUUCUAAAACAUAUGGAAACCCUGCUGCCACACAUGAUGGCCACUCUGGUUGAAAACAUACAGAAAGCUGACGAUGACACCUUGCUCAAAUGCUUGAUCGAAUUGGCAGAAAACACUCCUAAAUUCCUUCGCUCUCAGCUGGAGCCCAUUGUAGAAAUCAGCAUGAAGGUGGUUGCGGACACAAAUGCAGAAGAUGCUUGGAGACACCUAGCUCUUGAAGUGAUUGUCACCUUGUCUGAAACCGCGCCUGCGAUGCUCAGAAAGGUUGGAGGAAAAUACAUACCAGUGCUUGUUCCGCAAGUUCUGCUCAUGAUGACAGACUUGGAUGAAGACCUUGAAUGGAGUGUUGCGGAUGAGAUUUUAGAUGACGACAAUGACAGCAACUCCGUUGUUGCCGAAUCCGCCCUGGACAGACUUGCGUGUGGUCUUGGCGGCAAAACCAUGCUGCCGCACAUCAUUCAAAACAUCCCUCCAAUGCUGGCAAACAACGAUUGGAAGUACAGGCACGCGGCCCUCAUGGCGAUUUCUGCAGUCGGUGAAGGAUGCCACAAGCAGAUGGAAUCAAUGUUGCCUCAGAUCAUGGAAGGAGUCCUUACUUAUUUGCAAGAUCCGCACCCAAGAGUGCGCUACGCCUCAUGCAACGCUGUCGGUCAAAUGGCCACGGACUUUGCGCCCAGUUUUGAGAAGAAAUUCCAUGACAAAGUUGUUCCUGGUCUGCUGAUGGUCUUGGAUGACAACGCCAAUCCCCGCGUGCAGGCACAUGCAGGUGCUGCCUUGGUCAAUUUCAGCGAAGACUGUCCCAAAGGCAUUUUAACGCAGUACCUGGAUGCCAUCAUGGGCAAACUGGAGGCUAUUCUCAGCGCCAAGUUCAAAGAGUUAGUUGAAAAGGGCACAAAGCUGGUGCUGGAGCAAGUUGUCACAACUAUCGCAUCUGUGGCUGACACGUCAGAAGAACAGUUUGUGGCUUAUUACGACCGACUUAUGCCUUGCUUGAAGUAUAUUAUUGAGAACGCUACAUCCACUGAACUGAAGCUUUUGAGAGGCAAAACUAUUGAGUGCGUCAGCCUCAUUGGAUUGGCUGUUGGCACUGAGAAGUUCCGCAUGGACGCGAAUGAGAUCAUGAACUUGCUGCUGAAAACCCAGACCGAAGAGUUGCCUGAAGACGACCCUCAGACAUCCUACCUGAUUUCUGCUUGGGCGCGCAUGUGCAGAAUCCUUGGCAAGGACUUUGUGCAGUACUUGCCGAUGGUGAUGGGCCCUGUGCUGAAAACUGCCUCCAUGAAGCCCGAGGUGGCUGUCUUUGACAAUGACGACAUGACCGGGUUCGAAAAUGACGUCGACUGGCAGUUCGUUUCUUUGGGAGAACAGCAGAACUUCGGCAUACGCACCGCUGGGCUUGAGGACAAAGCGUCUGCCUGCGAAAUGCUUGUGUGCUACGCGCGUGAAUUGAACGAGGGCUUCUCCCCGUACUCCGAGGAGGUCGUCAAACUAAUGGUACCGCUGCUCAAGUUCUACUUCCAUGACGGAGUCCGAAGUGCUGCAGCAGAGUCCCUGCCUUACCUGCUUGAGUGCGCCAAAAUCAAAGGUCCUGAGUUCUUGCAAGGGAUGUGGUCGUACAUUUGUCCAGAACUGCUGAAGGCCAUUGACACCGAGCCUGAAAAUGAAGUUCUUAGCGAGUUGAUGUUCUCUUUAUCCAAGUGCAUCGAAACACUCGGCGAAGGCUGUUUGACUGAGGCCACUAUGACCGAAUUAAUUAGAAUAUUGGACAAGCUCUUGAAGGAGCACUUCACACAUGCUGAAGACAGGCAGGAAAAGAGAAAGGACGAGGACUAUGAUGAAGUUGUCGAAGAACAACUCGUUGACGAGGACACAGAAGAUGUUUACCUGCUCAGCAAGGUGUCAGAUGUGAUACACGCUUUAUUCAGCACGUACAAGGAACUCUUCUUCCCAUUCUUUGACCAAAUUGUUGGCCACUACACAAAAAUGCUGGGUGAUGGCAUGACGUGGUCAGACAGACAGUGGGCCUUGUGCGUCUUUGACGACCUUAUCGAAUUUUGCGGACCCGCCAGCGUUCGGUACCAGCAAUUUUUCCUGCAACAGUUGCUUACUUAUACUGAGGACGGUUCGGCUGAGGUGCGCCAGGCAGCUGUCUACGGCUGUGGCGUGAUGGGCCAGUACGGUGGACCAGCCUACUCUGUUGCUUGCACAGAGGCACUUGCCAAGCUUAUUAAGGUCAUCAGUGCGCCUGAAUCUCGCAGUGUCGAGAAUAAUAAUGCCACAGAAAAUGCGAUAUCUGCGGUCACCAAGAUUCUCAAGUACAGUCCAGCCAACAUCAACAAGGAUGAAGUCAUCCCCCACUGGCUGUCGUGGCUGCCAGUGUGGGAGGACAUUGAUGAAGCUCCCCACAUAUACGGAUUCCUGUGCGACUUGAUGGAGUCCAACAACCAGGCGGUGCUGGGAAAUAACAACUCAAAUGUGGCUCGCAUCAUCGCCGUAAUGGCAGAGGCGUUUGCCAAAGAAGCCCUCGAUCCUACAACCGAGGUCGCCCAGAGAAUGGUGCGCCUCUUGAAGCACAUCCAGUCGCAGGCUAACGGAACAAUUUUUGAGGCCUGUGUUGGACAACUCACGCUAGAGCAGCAGCAAGCCUUACACACGUUUAUGAGCACCCCAGCAGCCAAUUGACCACCCCCAGUUUAUUUAUGCAUUGAUCCAGUGGAGCAAAAGAGAGAUGGAAACAUGUAAAAUAAUUUAGUCUGUUUAUUUCCAUUUUAACCCAUUCAAAAAUGCUCUUAUCAUGUCUCAAACCAGAGCCAGGUUCUUAGCGUCUCUAUUCCUAUUAGAGAUCAUGGUGAUGAAUUUUAGCAGCAAGUGAUUGACGUGUGCAUGAACAAUAUGAUUGCAAUUUUUUAUCCUAAUGUAACUCGAAGUUGACAGGCGCUAAUUUAAUUACAACUUACGUUAGGCAAGAGCGCCAAUUGGAAACUUACUGUUAAUUAUUAUUGUAACACAGAUUAAGCCUGGAGCACAGUUUUUCGACAAAGACCUUGAAUAUUAGCACUAUCCUCAUUAUCAUUUGUAUUCCUUUUUGUAACGGCAUGCUGCGAUUACUACACUGAUGCGAUAAUAGGAGAAGAUGGUAAACAA